AUGUGUGGUGCCAUGGACUGUUACGCACAAUUCCACUCUUUGGAGCGUUAUAUUCAACACAUCAAUAUAAACCACACUAGACCUAUAACUCAACUCAACGUAGAGCGAACGAACAACCCUGUAGCUGCAACGGAGCAUCAGCAACUGUCCUCUCAAGAUCCUUCAGAUUCCGAAUUGUUCAUUCAGUGCCCCCAUCCAUCAUGUUCUUAUAAAUGCACUUCCAAAAGUACUCUACGAUCACAUCGGUUCAGAUAUCAUAAAUCAGCCACUCUUCCUGAAACUUCUGCAAAUCCUACUGUAACUACUGAUAAUGAUCUAUCUCAAUACACGCAUCAAGAACCCUGCAGUGGUGCACUUAGUUUUUACUCUCAGGGAAUUGAAGCCCAGGACACUCAAGUUCCAAAUGAUGGCGGCGGUAUUGAAGCUGAUUUCAACUCAGAAGAAAUACUUUUCAAUAAAUUUGUGCACAUUUAUCUUACUUUGACAUCCAAGUUCCAUAUUCCUGAUUCAACUCUUGAUUAUAUCAUCAACGAUUACCAUUUGCUGCUAAAACAUUCAUUGGGAUUAUUAAGUACAAAGUUACUUUCAAAACUUACAUCGUUUGGAAUUGACUGUGAUCCACUGAAGCCUCUGAUAGAAAGUAUUUUUUCCGAAGAUACUUUGAUUCGAUUACAUAGUGCUGAUGGUCCAAUGCGCUCUCGAUAUAUGAGGCGUCAGCAGUAUACGAAAUUAUUUGAGUUUGUGAAUCCCAUAUCGUAUAAUCUAGGUCUGAAUCAAAAUAAUAUACAGAGAAAAUAUCAUUAUGUAUCGAUUGAAAAAACCUUGAAAGCUUUCUUCGAUGAUACAUCAGUUUAUGAACAGUACACUGAAAGGAAGAAUAAGGAAGUGACACGAUCACAUGUGCUAACGGAUAUCGAGGAUGGCUCCCUUUUUCAGACUCAUCCAGUGUUUUCCUCCGAUCCAAGCAGUAUUCAAUUAAUUAUAUACCAAGAUGACAUGGAAAUAGUGAACCCACUAGGAUCUGGAAAAGGUGUUUACAAACUCACCGCUUAUUAUUAUACAUUGGCCAAUCUGCAUCCCUGGAGUCGGUCGUCCGUUGACCCGCUGCAGCUGAUUUUGCUCUGCAGAGAAACUGAUGUGGCCUACUUUGGUUUGCCACGUGUACUGAAACCUCUAAUUGAUGAAUUGAAAAAACUUGAAGACCAUGGUCUUGAAAUACGAGGGCAAAAUUUGAAAGUCAAUAUCCUUGUACUGUUGGGUGAUAAUCUUGGCACUCACACAGUCAGUGGCUUCGUUGAAAACUUUAGUACCGCAAAAUAUUUUUGCAGAUAUUGUGAAGAAAGUCGUGAUGAGUGGUUCUCAAGAAUGAAUCGAGUGAGUGCAGGUAAUUCUAAUAAUCCGCAAUCUGAUGUUGAAAGUGAGGCCAGCAGUAGUGAAAGUGAAAUCAGUUGUUAUACCAGUUCUACAGAGGAAGAAGGUUCUGAAAAUGAUGAAACUCAAAGAGUGCCUCGCCCUGUCGAUUGGCUUGUGAAUCGACCAGAGGGUGUAAAAGGUAUCGUUGCUGACUCUCAAUUCAACAAACUCACACAUUAUCAUGUUGUCGGAGCGACACCACCUUGUCUUCCACAUGAUAUAUUGGAGGGUUUGGGUGCACAUGACGCAAAAUUAGCCGUGACCUAUCUAUCCAAAAAAUACAAAUUCACCAUUGAAUCACUCAAUCGUAAAAUUGCGUCUUUUUCAUUCGUUGGAGACGAGAGUCGUGAUAGACCUUCAAAGAUUGGUGAAAGAAGUAAAACAUUAGGAGGACAAGCAGUGCAAAACUGGGUGCUUAUCAGGUUUUUGCCCAUGCUGAUCGGUGACGCAGUUACAAAUAAGAAAGAUCCUGUGUGGAGGAUGGUUCUUUUGCUCAUAGAAAUCUUGCAAAUGAUUACUUCACCUAAGAUAUCGUCAAAUAUACUGCCCGAUCUUCAUAAUCAAAUUCAACAAUAUCUACAUCUGAGGAAGAUCAAUUUUCCAAGCAUGAAACUGCGACCAAAACAUCAUUUUUUGGAGCAUUAUCCCAAACUCAUCUCAAUUUUCGGACCACUUAUGAGACUCUCUACUCUCAGAUUUGAAUCAAAACAUACAUUUUUCAAACCUGCUGUACGAAGUCAGAAAAAUUUCAAGAAUAUCACAAAAUCCCUUACCUUGUCACAUCAACUGCUGCAAAGUUCUCUCUCAAUCAAUAAUCUGUUCAAUAAUUACCCAGUGUUAAAAGAUGAUUUGCCCUUUCGGCAAUGCGUUCUUGAGGAUGGAGCUUUACAGUGUGUUUUGAAUGCAUUUGGCCAAGAGUUCGCUAACUCCAUGUCGGCCAGUGAAAAGCUAUCCUAUCAUGGCACGGCAUACGAAAAGGGCAAGAUUCUAGUUGCCAACACUAAAGAUCACCCUGUUCUUGAUUUGUGUAAAAUCAUACUAUUUCUUACACGGGGGAAAGCUGUAUACGCUGUCGGCAAGAAAUAUGAGGGCUUACUAGACCCAGACCUUCAAUUAUAUCAGCUGAAAUACACUGGUACUUAUAUUCUUGUAUCUUUGUCUGAGAUCGCAGAUUACGUCCCCUAUUCAAUCUACCGAAGAGGAACGAAUCGUGUGAUUGUGUUGAAACACUUAUUUUUUCUCGGCAAAUCUGAGACUGCAUCAUCUGGAAGGGCUACCUAA